UUUCUAAUUUUGUUAAUUUUCAUGUUUCAAAAAAAAUUGUUCAGUUUCAUGUUUGUUUAUAUUCACUGGAGUAGUAUUUAUGAACUGUUCGGUAAUAGGUCAUGUUUACAUCGGCCGCCAUUUUGUUUUGUCUGCUAGAGGUGACAAUAAACAAGGAAUCAUUGUUAUGAAUUCUUGACGGAUAUUUGCUUGAAAACUUUACAGCAGUAGCAGUCAAUUUUAGGUGGAGAUGGCCACCAUGAAUGGAAGGCCUGGUGCUGACCCAGAGGUGACCCUGCGGGGUGCGGGGCUGGGGCAGACCUUCCUCGCAAAGAAACACUCCCUUGGGGAUGUAAAUGUGGAUGAGACAGACCAGUAUGUCCGUCGCAGUCAGUCUCUACAGCUCCUCCAAAAAUAUACCAGUGAUAAUGUAGACUUUGACGAAGGCUAUUUGAUUGGUCGAAGGCAGUCGUCAGUGGGAAACCUUGCCAGGAAGUCACGCUCACAUGUCAGAAUUACUGAGGUUGUCUCCCCUUAUAAAAUGCUGUUUUCAGCGCCCAGGGAGACCGAGUCGGAGGUGUGGAAGACCCCAGUCAGUGUGUUCAGUGCCAAGAAGAGGGGCAAGGCAGAGGAUGACAAGAAGCUCUCCAGACGUAUGAGGUCGUACUACAAGGACCAGGAUGAGCUGAUCCAGGCCUAUGAGGACAUCCAGCUGGAUGGAACCAGUCUACAGGACACUGAGCUGGCAGACAAGCAGCUGCAGACAUGCACAGAGAGACUUGCUCAGUUGUCCUUAGCCGUCAACCUUGUGCUGAUGGUUGUGAAGGUGGUGGCAGUGGCUCUCAGUGGCUCCAUUUCCAUCAUCUCCAGUCUGGUGGACUCGGUGGUGGACCUGCUGUCAGGGAUUAUCAUCUGGUGGACCUCCAAGGCAAUCAAGAACAGAAAUAUAUACGUGUACCCUGGCGGUCGGUCGCGGUUGGAGCCCAUAGCCAUUGUGAUACUGUCUGUGAUCAUGUCGCUAGCAUCAUUCCAGCUGAUAGUGGAGUCCAUACAGAUCAUAGCCGAGUUUGCACGAGGGAAGGGAAGUCUUCCCACCAUGGACUUGCCCACCAUCCUCAUUGCCUCAGGCACAGUCGCCUCCAAGCUGGUGCUGUUCCUGCUGUGUUUCUGCCUGGGCAGAGGAAGUAGCUCCAUACGCGCCCUGGCACAGGACCAUCGCAACGAUGUCCUCUCAAACAUUGUGGCUGUCAUCUGCGGAUACUUUGGUUCCCGUGAGUUCAUAUCCGUGGUGUCAGAGGACAACGUGAAGUAUGUGGAUCCCCUUGGAGCAAUACUCAUCUCUGUCUACAUCCUCGUCAACUGGUGGAGGACCGGAUAUGAACAGAUCAAGAUGCUGACUGGCCACACUGCAGACCCGAACUUCCUGAGCAAGAUCACGUGGAUCUGCCUGAACCACCACCGUGAGAUCAUAUACAUCGACACGGUGCGCGCCUUCCACUACGGCAACAACUUCCUGGUGGAGGUGGACAUCGUGUUGCCCGAGGAAAUGUCCCUCAAGAUGGCGCACAACAUCGGCGAGGCCCUGCAGCAGAAGCUGGAGAAGUUUGAGAGGGUGGAGAGGGCCUUUGUGCACCUGGACUACGAGAUUGAACACAAUCCAAACGAGGAGCACAAGGUCGUGUAAAUCGGGCUGCCAGAGGAAAGCACCUGGUAUUGGUUCAUGUGUAUGGGUGCUACCAGAAGAAGGCACCUGGUCUUGGUUCAUGUGUAUGGGUGCUACCAGAGGAAGGCACCUGGUCUUGGUUCAUUUGUAUGGGUGCUACCAGAGGAUGGGACCUAGUAUUGGUUGAAGUCUAUACAGUGGUCAGGGGAUGUGCAUAAAACCCCUGUGCACGUUUUUACCUGUAGAGACAGUUUGACAAUUUGGAUCUGAAAUUUUUAUUAAUCACUUUUUUUUAGGACAGUUAAUGGACUUGCAAUCUGUAAGACAGAAACUCUGCCAAAAAAAUUGAAAUGUCUGACAGAUGUUUGUGUGUUGUCAGACACGAUACCUGACAAGAAAUUUGAAAAAGUCUCAUGUAAACAAAUGUGUUUGUUUGACAAAUAUUCUAAAUGUCUGAUGAGAUUUCUACCUAAUCAGACAAUAUUUCGUUACAGAUUCUUCAGAAGUUUUACAGAGUCAAUGAAUUUGUGGCUGUAUAUUUUGUAUACUGUUAUGGUUGUACAACAUAAUUAUGUUGAUAUUUAUUAUAAUAUUAAUAUGUUCUGGGUAUUCAACCACAAGGAUCACUAGCCAUGGUCAGAAGAUCAACUUUCGCUAAUAAUUUACUUUCCAAUCCUUAAACAAUUGCAUGCUGGGAAAUUUGUCGUCUGCUAAAAUGUCGUCUGCUAAAUUUUUAAAAUUUUCUUCAUUUUUUUCAAAGAAUACUAUCAGAAUAGCAAACAGUUUGGAUCCUGAUGAGACGCCACGUUCUGUGGCGUCUCAUCUGGAUCCAAACUGUUUGCACAGGCCUUCAAAAUUCGGUUCCUGCACUGAAAGGGUUAAACAAUAUGUAUGUAAUGGUAAAUUCUACAGGACCUGAACAAUUAAUUUUACUAACCUAAAGUUAAAAAAUGCUUAUAAUUUUUAAAACGAUUAUAUAAGAUUGUAUCACAUGUUUAUAUGCCCCAAAACGGGUGAGCAUAUUAAAGCUGCAUGGUCCUUCAGUCUGAGUUCUGGAACGAAUUUCUCUGAUAAUCAUUUCUGUCCUUGAUAGGCAUCUUUUAGUCCUUCCGUCCGUCCUUUUGCCGGUCUCACUUUGUGUCGCCAUGACAUCUCAGACACUAGUGAUCCAAAUUUGAUGAAACUUGAUAUGGAGCUUCAGUGUAAGGUCCACAUAAGUGUCCUUGUCAGGUUAAAUUAUUGCCGUUGGAUUUUUUAAAAUAUAAAAUAUAAAAUGCCUAGCUAGGGAGGGCACAGGGUUCAAUCCCCACUGUGGGAGCGUUCUUUAGUUCUCCCACAAAGACACCAAGUACUGGUUCAAUGCCCAGUAAACAGACUCGAUAAGGUCUACUUAAAGUAUUUUAAAUGCAGUUGAGCUAAAAUAAAAAGGUUUGAACUAAAUUACUUAUUGAUUAUUAUGCUGGUUUUUCGCUUCCGUGUGAGAUCUCUGACACUUAUGAUCUGAAUUUGGUGAUGCACAUCCAUGUCAGGUCAUUUUGGCAAAGGAUUUUUCAAAACGUUAUUGCCUUUUGAUUAUCAAACUGCUAUAUCUGUCACACUGUUUAUGUCAUUGUGUGAUCUCAGUUACUAAUGAUCCAAAUUUGAUGAAACACAGUACGCAGCAUCCUUAUAGGGUGGACAUUUGUAUCAUUGCCAGGUUGUUGCGUUCAAAUAUUUUUCAGGAUGUUAUUUCCCUGUGAAGUAUUCUAUAAUAUGCUUCUCUACGUUUCCUCGCGAUAUUCCAGACACUUAAGAUUAAUAUUUGAUACAACAUGAUGUGCAGGAUCUCUACAAAUGAUUGAAUAUUUUCCUUUCCCUCCACUGCUUUAAUUUUUAGCUUGGCUGUUUUCGGAGAAAACCCAAGGUAGCAAUGUUGUGUUGUGUCGUCCGCGUCGUGCUAAAACCUUAACAUUUUGUGAAGGUUUUGAACAUUGGCUCUAAAACAAAGUGCUUCCAUCUACAACUUUGAAACUUUAUAUGUAGAUGCACCUUGAUGAGUUCUAUAUGCCACACUCAUUUUUGGGUCACUAGGUCAAAGGUCAAGGUCACUGUGACCUAAAGAAAAAGUAAAAAAAAAAUCUGAAAGCUUUUAUUUAUUCAAAACUGCACCCGCAGCCGAGCGUUGGCACCUGUAAUGCGGUGUUCUUGUAAAGGGAGUUAUUGCCCCUGAAUAAUAAUGCCUUUCCGCCUUUAAUCUUGGACUUUAAUGAUCCAAAUUGUAUGAUACAUUAUAUGCUGCAUCCCUAUUGGAAGCACAUGGAACUCCGAAUAAUUAGUAAAACAGUUAUAGACAUUGAGUUUAAUAGUAUGACAUUUUAUAUGAAUUUUAUGAUUCUGUGUCAGAUCAAAGGGACUUAUGAUAUGAAUUUGAUGAAAUUCAUAAAGAGCAUCCCUUCAAAGCGGAGAUAUUCAUAUGGUCAUAAUGUUUUGUGUUAAGUUUGUGCUAGUCGCUGUUUCACUCUGCAGUUGUUCUUAUUGAUAAUUUCUAUCUUAAAUUUUUCCAAUUUGAAAGUUGCAUUCUUAAAUUCUGUAGAUUUUGCCUCAAUGGCUAUUCAGUUUGCCUUAAAAAAGAUUGAUGUUUAUAUUAUAUUGUUUUCUAGUUGUGAAACUUGUCAUAGAAUUCUGCUAAGUUGUUUUAUCAAUAUCUGCUCUGUUAUUGUUGUUGUUGUCUAUGUUUUACACAGUUUUGGUCCUGUUUUUAGCACACCUAUGCACAUGGUUAGCUUUUGCGAUCACCUUUUGUCCAUAUUGCAUACACUUUAUUUAAACUACUGUAUUUCUAAUAGCUUGGCAGAAUUAAACAAACUUAACAAGAAUGAACCUUAGUUGGCCCGUUUUCAAAUUGUUUAACCCAUUUAUGCCUAACGUCUAGAAAAUAGGCCUUGGCAAACAGCGUAAACCCAGCUGUUCGCUUAAAGUAAUUUCUGUAAGAAAUAUUCUAAAUAUAAAAAUAAAUAUACUAAACAUCCCUUAUUUUGGAAAUAAAUUGAUCCAAUUUAGAAGUAUGGGAGAGUCCACUAGGCAUAUAUGGGUUAAAUCAAUCAAGUCGGCUGCAUUAGUAGGUCACCAGAAAUAAAAAAGGGUUUAUAGAUUAAAACUUAAACAAUCUAUGAAAUCGUUGUGUCAAGGGUUUAAUAUUUGGAGUGCGACAUCAUAUAGUGGUCUUCUACAAAGUUUGUUCAAAUCAUGCCUCAGUGGCCAAAUGUUUUUUAUAUACUAUUUUUAUACACAACUAGAAAUCUCUCCAACAACAAGGCCAAGAGAACUCAUUGUUCAAAUGAGCAAUCAUGGCCUUCUUGUUGUUUGUUAUUGUGAAUCUCAUUCUGCUUUUAGAAAACUUCAUUAUCCCCCGCCAUAGGCGGAGAGUUAUUGUUUUGGCGUUGUCCGUCCGUCUUUUCGUGCUUCUGCGCGUCCGGCACUUUUGUGUCCGGAGCCAUAUCUUGGAAAUGCUUUGGCGGAUUUCAUUGAAACAUGGUAUGAGUAUAUAUAUAUUGAUAAGAGGAUGAUGCAUGCAAAUUGGCAUUAUACCCCAUCUGUUAAUAACGGAGUUAUGGCCCUUUGUAUCUUGAAAAAAAUGCUUUUUUGAGUGUCAAAUAUAACACUUUUUUGUCCAGAAUAUAUUGGCGGGGGAUAUCAAUUCAAUGAAUUUGCUUGUUUACAUUUUGCAAUCGUACUGUAUUUUCAUGCUAUCAUCCUGUUCUGUUAUGUUACUUUUGUUCUUGGAAGCAUGAGAACCAUUCCAAAAAUCAUAUCAUUCUUUAAGGUCAAGCACAAGCUUUAAAAUACUUGCAGUCAAUAUACUGCCUUUUAUUUUAUGCUUUCCUGUGGUUUAAAAAGAAAUAUCAUUGAAUUAAAACUGAUAAUUCAUUGUUUCAAACAAUAUAAAAUUAAAAGUGAAAAGUAUCGCUAAUUUUCAUUGUUAUACUGUGAAAUGAUGUUGUUUUAUUUUAUGCUUUCCUGUGGUUUAUAGAGAAAUAUAUACUGGUACUGUAGUAUACAACAGCUUUCAUAAUCUUGUGCUUACCGGUAACAUACUAUACCCGCUUGAUGGUGAUGGUUGCUGUGGAUUUUAAUGUUAGAAGCAUAAUUAUGUAUUUGUAUUACUUUGUUUACACUUGUAUCAUGUUUUGUACAUGUUCUUGAAACAAAUGUUUUUGCUCCUUAAACUUUCAAUUAUACAUACUUAGAAAAUUAACUGAAUAUGUGUCAGAUCCUGAAGUACAUAUAAUUUAUAAGUACACAAAGGGAUACUUGUAAUAUACAUAUUUAUUGAACAAAUUUAACACAUGCACUCAUACAAGAUAAACAUGUGGUUCAAAUGUAUAUUCAAAAGGCACUAUUGUUGAUUUGAGGUGUUGACUCAUUUUUGUCAUUUAAAAGAAACACUCGUGCCUUGUUUAUGUGUCUUGUUCUGUGAAAGCUGGUCAUAAUGCAUGUUCGUAAAGUGUCGUCCCAGAUAAGCCUGUGCACAGGCUAAUCAAGGACGACACUUUCCGCCUAAACUUGAUUUUGUGUAAGGAGGGACUUCCUUUAAACUAAAAAUACCAUUAAAGCGGAAAGUGUUGUCCCUGAUUAGCCUGUGCGGACUGCACAGGCUAAUCUGGGACGGCACUUUACGCACAUGAAUUAUGCCUAGUUUUGUCAGAACAAGACACAUAUGUAUGAGGCAUUUGUUUUUAUUUUCCUUUUAUAAGGAGCCAUGAUUUGGGAAAAGGGAGCUUAAUUCAUGUGUGUAAAGUCUGCAUAGGCUAAUCAGGAAGGACCCUUUCUGAUUUUAUGGUAUUUUUGUUUAAAGGAAGUCUCUUCUUAGCUAUCAUCCAGGUCUACUUUCAAGUGUCAUCCAUGAUUAACCUGUGCGUACUGCAUUCAUUAAACCCUGUUUUCGGAAGCAGGGCUCAAAUAUAUUCAUGCAUGCAGCUAUUUUAGUAUCUCAUUUAGUAACUUAAUUUCCGUGAUCUGCCGUGGCCAUGAGUUUUUAUAGUAGUAUAUGUGAUUUUUAUUCCCCCGGUAGGGUGGCCUAUAGCAGUUGAACUGUCCGUCAGUCAGUAUGUGUGUGUGUCAGUCUGUCAGUCCAUCCGGAAAAAAACUUUAAUGUUGGCCAUAACUUUUGCAUUAUUGAAGAUAGAAACUUGAUAUUUGGCAUUCAUGUGUAUUUCAUGAAGCUGCACAUUUUGAGUGGUGGAAGAUCAAGGUCAAGGUCAUCCAUCAAGGUCAAAUGUCUAAUAUAUGGCGUCUCUCCGUCCGUCCAAAACUUUAACAUAGGCUAUAACUUUUUCACUAUUGAAGAUAGCAACUUGAUAUUUGGCAUGCAUGUGUAUCUCAUGGAGCUGAACAUUUUGAGUGGUGAAAGGUGAAGGUGAAGGUCAUCCUUCAAGGUCAAAUGUCAAAUAUAUGGCGUCUGUCCGUCCGAAAACUUUAACAUUGGCCAUAACUUUUUCAAUAUUGAAGAUAGUAACUUGAUAUUUGACAUGCAUGUGUAUCUCAUGAAGCUUCACAUUUUGAGUGGUGGAACUUUAAGGUCAAGGUCAGCCUUCAAGGUCAAAGGUCAACAAAAAUAAAUAAAUAAUAAUUUCAAAGCGGCGUUCUCAUGAAGCUGCACAUUUUGAGUGGUGGAAGUUCAAGGUCAAGGUCAUCCUUCACGGUCAAAGGUAAAAAAAUAAUUAUUUCAAAGCGGCGCAAUAGGGGGCAUUGUGUUUCUGACGAACACAUCUCUUGUUUAUGCUUACUUAUACAUGAUUAGCACUCAUGCAGAACACAAAUAUUAGUGCAAUUAUAUUGAUUUUAUUUUCUAUUUAUUUUAAUACAUGUGUAAUGUAGCAAAAGUGUGUUAAGUUUUGUUGUGGGGUGUUAUUUCUGUUCAAAAGAGUAAUGUGUUUUUAUGCUGGAGUUUUUUCUGUAUUUUGCCACCAUUCUUUGGAAAAUAGACAGUAGAUGACUUGUUACAACAUUAACAGAAUAGACAGUAUAUGACUUGUUACAACAUUAACAGAAUAGACAGUAUAUGACUUGCUACAACAUUAACAGAAUAGACAGUAUAUGACUUGUUACAACAUUAACAGAAUAGACAGUAUAUGACUUGCUACAACAUUUAUACAACAGACAGUGGACAAAUGGUCACAAAAUUCAUGUUAUGGGCAGGAGAAAACUGUUUACAACAUUCAUAGAAUCUCAAUCACUUUAUUGCCAAUCUUAUUUAUAAACUUCUAUGAGUUGGUAGUAAAACAAACCCACUAGACAUGUGCUACUUUUUAAUUCUGUGGAAAGUUUGACUGUUCCCUGGUGGGAUUGAUAUGGGUGUUCACAGAACUCUCAAUUAUGUCAAUUGUAUUUUAUAUUUUUAUAUUUUAGUGACCAAAUAGAUACUUGCUUUAAAACAUAUUUACAAAGAAGGAUUGGAGUUUUUUGUAUGGUUAUUCCCUGAAAGAUGCUUAUAUGCAUGCUUACGAUAUCAUGAAAUUUAUGUUAAAUGUAUUUCUUACAGUUAAUGAUUUUAAGCCAUGUUCAUAAAUGUUUAUUUCUUGAUUACAGCUAUUGAUGGAUAUAUGUUUUAUUUUACAAAUAUGUUGUUUCACUCUGAAAUUAUUAUUCAACUGAACAAAAACACCAUACCUUUUAAGUGUUUGAGCACUCUACAAAUGUUUUACAUUCCGGUUUCAGGUGAACAAUUUAAACAAAAUUUAAAAAAAAGUAUUGUUAUUUGACUAUUUCAGAUGAUAUAUCAUAUGAAAUUGUUGUUAUGUACCCACAAACAAACUUUGAAAGGGGGUGUCGCCAUGUUGGAACAACUUUGUCAAAUGAGUAUGCAGGGGUAUAAAGUAUCUACAAUUAUAUUGUUAUUUUAUCAUGUUUUUGAUGUUAUUAAAAAUAUAUGUAUAGAAGUCGACAUUUAUAUUAUUUAGUAUAAGCAUGUACCUGUUGAAAUAUGAAACUAUGGCAGCCAAAGAUCUGCAAUGCCUAUUUAUGAACCUUGUGCCAGUGUUGAAUAAAAUAAUAUUAUAAUUC